AUGGAGGCCAGCAAGAGCGUAAAUCUCACCUCUCUCCCCUACUUGGCACUUUUCGCCCAGAGCAGCGUCAACCUGCCCGAAGUGGAACGCGUGGUGGCUGAGAACAGCAAAGGCGGAAAGGAUCCUUCUCUUCCUUCUUCGCACUGGAGAGUUAUUUCUUUGACUUUCAUGAGCGAAGAACUCGACCAGGCCAGUCUUGAAGAACUGAGGGGACUCCCAUCUGAAAAACUGUUGAGGACGCUACUAAUGGCAGACAUUUCAAACAAACAGGCUCAAGGAGAUUCUCAAUUACUUGAGCUCCCUCACCCUUUGAACCUGCAGUCCCUGAUGAUGAUGUUACAACUGACAAAUCAGGAAUUCUUUGCUUACGACGGGAGCCACACUAUGCCUGGAUGUGAAGAGAAUGUCAGGUGGUAUGUCGCCCGCCAGCCUUUGCCCGUCGCUACAGAUACCAUGCUAAGGUUCUACAAAAUGUUAAAUCCCAAGACUCUGAAGUCGGUUAAAGAAAAAGACGGGAACUUCCGCGAGCUCCAAAAUGUCGAAGGCAACAUGCAUAACGACGGGAACGUUUUCCUAGUGCAGGGUUUUCCUCUACAAGUGCUCAUUGCUGAUAGCUUGGGAUUUACAAACAUGUCAGAUCAGGCAGAAGUCAACGCCAGCACCUUCCAGGGAUGGUUUCAAGAGAGCAAAGCUGUUUCUACGCCAACUUGCCUAUCCUUGUUAGCUGUUACCCUGUCACUUGUUGCGGGCUUGCUAUUGUGA